GAGAAGGUAGAAUUCAGAAAGCCCGCUGCCCAGCUUUGAAUCUGGCCGUGCCGAUUGCUGUGUGGCUUUGAGCAACUUACUUGACCUUUCUGACCCCCUUUCCUUAUCCUGAAAGUGGCACGAUGGUAAUACAAUACUUCAUGGUCCUUUUGCAAGAAUUGGUGGAAUGAUGCUAGUGAAAGACUUAGCACAGUGCCCAGCACACAGUGAACGUUCAGUUAACACAUGCUCAAUGGACCGUUCUCCCCAUGUUCCACAGAGGAAACGCAUGAUCAGAGAAAGGACAUGACUGGCCACAUCACAAAGCCAGCUCCGGGGGACUCCAGAGUCCAGAGCGGGCUCCCUGCACUCUCUUUGACCUCUUGACUCCUGGCCAGCUCUCAGCUCCUGCUUCCGCUCAGACCCUGCUUCCAGCAUGCAUCGGGCACCCCUCUGCCAUUGCCCUAUCAGUCACCACCACUUCGCAGCACCUGGCAACACACGUGAAGGUCUUGGUUCCUGACAUCAAACACAUCUGGGCUCAGGUUUUGCCAUUUCCUUCUGCCGGAUCCCAAACUGGCUCCCCAACCUAAAGCUCAGUUUACUCCUUAAAAAACGGGUUGUAAUUCCUGUUUGUGGCUGGGUGCCCCCGUGGCUCACACCUGUAAUCCCAGCUCUUUGGGAGGCUGAGACAGAAGGAUUGCUUGAGCCCAGGAGUUCAAGACCAGCCUGGGCAACAAAGUGAGAUGUCUCCUCUACAAAAAUAAAAAUAAAAAAUUCGCUAGGUGCCAUGUCAUGCACCUGCAGUCCAGCUGAAGGAGGCUGAAGAGGGAAGAUGCCUCGAGCCCAGGAGUUUGAGGCUGCAGUGAGCUGUGAUCACCCUACUACAUACACUUCAGCCUGGCCAACAGAGUGAGACCCUGUCUCCAGAAAAGAAGAGAGAGAGAGAGAGAGAGAGAGAGAGAGAAAGAGAGAGAGAGAGAGAGAGAAAGAGAGAGAGAGAGAGAGAGAGAGAGAGAGAGAGAGAGAGAGAGAGAAACGGAGACAGACAGGGAGAAAGGAGGAAAGGAAUGAAAGGAAAGGAGGGAGGGAAGGAGAGGAGGGAGAAAAAGAAAGAAGAAAGGAAGGAAAAGAAAGAAGAAGGAAGAAAGGAAGGAAAGAAAGGAAAGAAAGAAGGAAAGAAAGGAAAGAAAGAAGGAAAGAAAGAAAGAUUAUACUCAGGGCGCUGAAAUUUUAUUUCCCAAUUGCUUAUCCCGGGCCAGGCUCCAACCUAAGUGCCUCCCCACAUAUGAAAGAAUUUAUGUAAUCUUCAGGACAACCCCAUCUUACAGAGGCGUGACGGCUGAGACGUGGAGAGAUUGAGGAACUUGCCCUGGGUCACACAGCAGCAAGUGUUGGGGGCCAGGUUUGGAAUCCAGAUGGACUGCGGCUCCCCACAGGAGGCGAUGCGCAUGCCACCCCACAGAAAAUAAAAUCAUAACGUUUGGAUUUGCUAUAAAGGCCAGGGUCUUUUCGAGUUGGACACGGUUUUGGAAUGCCACCUCUGCGCCCUCGCUCAGAGACCCUGGGGAAACCUCUGUUUUGCACUUAAUGAACGGCUUGGAUGAGCCCCCAGUGUGACAAGGCUGAUCUUCAGUGAGAGUGCGUGGAUGGCAGAUGUUCCCCACAUCUCCAGAGUGUGCCACAGCACCCGACGGGAGUUGGAUGGAAUAACUCAGCUUAGAGCCCAGCCGAGGGGACACAUGCAAGCGACCCUCGUGCCAGCAUCAUCUCCCCUACACAGAAUCUUGCUUUAUCACCCAGGCUGGAGUGCAGAGCUGUGAUCUCAGCUCACCGCAACCUCUGCCUCCCGGGUUCAAGCAGUUCUCCCGCCUCAGCCUCCUGUGUAGUUGGAACUACAGUGCUCUGCCUGGCCCAGAUGAUCCACACGCAGGAGGGGGCCCUGCCCAGACCCUCCAUCUCGGCUGAGCCAGGCACCGUGAUCCCCCUGGGGAGCCCUGUGACUUUCCGCUGCCAGGGCCCAGUUGGGGUUCACGCAUUCCGCCUGGAGAGGGAGAAUAGAUUCCAGUACAAAGAUAAUUAUGAUGUGUCUCUAGUUAGUCCAUUUUUGUCAGAGGCCACAUUCCGCAUUGACUCAGUGAGUGAGGAUAGCGCCGGGCAUUAUCGCUGCAUCUAUCAUAAGGCCUCCAGAUGGUCUCAGCACAGUGAGCAGCUGGAGCUGGUGGUGAAAGGGACUGUGCCAGACACGGAAGCCUCUGGGUUUGACUUACUAUGAAUGAGGAGAAAUGGCCUCCAGCCUUGUGAACCUCAAUGGGGAGAAAUAAUUGGAGUGAGCAAUAGAAAUGUACAUCUGCCUUUACAUGCAUGUACAAAUAAAAAUGUAUGAUUUGUAAUGUGAAAUUUCAAUCUAUUAUUUAAAUUAUAUUAAAUAUGUUACAUCAUA